AAUCCGAGGACCACGAUGGAGAGUUCAGAGCAGGGAGAAAUGGGGGAGGGUGUAGAGGAAGCCGACAGUGAGGCUGCUGGCAUGGAGGGAGACACCCCGGAGUCCCAGGAGGCAUGCAGCCAGGAGCUCUUCUCAAGCCAGGAGGAGGCUAGCCAGUCGCAGCAGCAGGAAGUUGCUGGUGAGGAAGAAACUGAGGAGCGUGCUCGGGUGACCUUGACUAAUGCAGCCGGAUCACCGGCCUCAUGUCGCUUGCAGAACUUGAGAAGAAAUCCCAGAAAAUCAAAAGAAGAAUUGAUCAAAGCAGUUAUGAAUCACUACAACAGAGAAAGUAGGAAGACGCAGGAAUGGAGAGAGAAAAUGUAUGAAUGGAGAGAGAAAAUGUAUGACUGGAGGCAAACAGAAAGCAGGAGAAAGGAAUUGGCAAUCAAAAAAACCUCAAAGCAGAUGAUAAGCCUCCUGGCUCGCCAAACUGAGUCUUUCGAGUCUCUCAUAGCCAUGCAGGCAGAUAUUUACUGUGGUAACCCACAGCCCUCCCAAAGCUCUCUUUCUUGUUCCCCAGUAUUUGCACAAAACACCUUUCUCCAGCAGCCAGUUUCUUAUUACCCCCAGCUGCCCCCAACACCUGUACGAUCACCUACCAGCCCUGAUAACUAUAAUUCUUACCCUGUGCACUCCACCCCCAUUACCCUGCAGCAUAGUAAUCCUGAAGUGCAGCAGACAUUGAACAGUAAUCCAAACAGGACAUAUUCAAACCUCUGA